UUCACCGUUAUCCCAUUAUUAACAGUGGAGAUACUAUUGCUUUGAGGUCGGCCUUCACUUCUGGCUCUCUGGUCACAAGAAUGGUUCGGUUGUGGGAGACGCUUCUGCUUCAUUUAUACCUGCCAUGGACUCACUAUUGCUAACUCUAAAUGGUGGUCUUCUUGUAACUAUGGCCGGAUGGGGUGUUUACCAUUUUUGCAAAGGGAAAGAUGAACGGACAGCCAAUUGACAGCGGAGAUACUGUGUCACUCAGUUCGAACCGCUAUGGGAUCAGUUACCGCAUGUAUUGCACUGCUUCUACCAACACUUAUUGUUGUGUGCGAUCGUAAGUACACAAUUCUUUCAAAUACUCCGUUGAUCCCUUCUUAUUCCUCGAUUAUCCGUGUUUUAUUUCAACACUGGUUCUGUGAAAUAAUUUUAUUUGUUUCUCUGAUACCAAUUUAGAAUUUGAGGCACCUCCUUAUGAGAAUAAUGUGUUGUUGAAAUGUACUUUUGGUUAAAGAUAAUUUUUUUCCUUUUGUAUUCAUGUAUUAAAAUAUCUGCCAAGACGUUUGGGAUUGAAACGAAAAAAAAAUUUAAACUAGUUGAUGUAGGAAGAAAUUAAACCCAAAGAUGAUGUAUGCGUUUGAGAUAGCUUUUAUUUCUUUUUUUGGACAAUGGCAAUUGUCCGAAAAAAGGUUUAUCUAUUUAAAAGAAAACUUAAGUCCCUUUUUCGCAAUUGUAGCCUUACCUGGUCUAUGACCGGAAGUGAGUGGCUCAAGUAUUCCCAGGCCACCUUCCAGAUCUUCUCCAAGAAUGCAGAGGAUGGUAGCCCUGUGCAAUAUGGUGAUGUGGUGGGCUUCAAAUAUCCCUACAGCACCAACAGUGCAUGGUUAACUAGCUACAAAGGCAGGUUUUACCCGCGUAACUGUAGCUGUUGUAGUAAAUCAUCGUGUGCAGCCGAAAACACCAACACCGGCUUCAAGAUCUUCAAGAAAUUACCUUAGAAAGUGCACCCUGACGUGAUUUUUGCGGUCCCUCGAUAAGAGAUUUUAACAGCAGAAACUGUAGAUGCAUAUAAGUUUUU